GUCAAAAGCUGGAAUAUCCUGCCUGUUUCCUUUGUUUACUCCCCAAAUAUUAUACAAAAAUUGAGAUUACAAUAGAAACCUGUGAUGAUCGCUGCCUAAAGACUGGAACGGAUGUGAAUGCUGCCACAUGUGGCUUGUUUUAGGGGUAUUGUUUCUCGCUCGGUCACUUUGGGCGAGCGAAUGGUCGACUGAGAGGAAAAGUCGGAACAAGCUCGCUUUUCACGAUAUUCAAGAUGUCUUCUUUCGAAAUCCACAAAGAUCUUCGGUUAUCAAUCGUCACUCAAGUUCUCGAGCUUCAAAAGCGAAAGACAUUGACAACAGAGAAUUAAUCUCAACUAAGAUUAGCCCAACAGGUUGGGUCACCAAAUGUCGUGGCUUGGAAUGUGUUAGCACUGCUUCUUCAUCUAGUGCAAGUAAUUUUCUGAACAAAGCACUGAAUGUGUUGGAUAGGUUUCCUUCUCUUAAUAGUGACUCAAAGAAGAUUUUUUAUAAACCAGAGUUGUCUCUAGCAAAAACUCUUGCUACCUCUGCUGGUGUAGAGGAAACACAUUUACAAAAUGGUGCCAAUAAUAGUACCAGGUUGACAAAAAAGUCGCAUGGAAAAAUUAAUCCCGAUUACAAUGCCAAACGGCAGGAUUGGCUUGGUAUUACAGAGGGACACAACAUAUACGGUCCACAUUUGGGAAAUCGGCAGGGUCCAAUUCAUGUUAUGGAUCCUUUCUACAGUAAUGGCAAUGCUGGGAACAUGCAUUCAACUCAUAAUGGCUACCGUGUUCAUCAUUCACCAUUUCGUGGUAAUACGAUACAUCAUGGCAAUAUGGCGCCCCCUUUUAUAACUCAUCAUCGGCGCCAUCCUUUGCCAGACUUCAAAUUUAACGAUGGACCAAUUCCUCCAUAUCCAGAUCUGCCUGGACUUUUGCCAAAUACAGGAGUUAAUUUUCCUAUACAUCACUAUCCAGAUACUCCAUUUGCUCCUGGUGUUAUGCAUCAUCCAGUAGAAGGUAAUUUUCCAAUACACAAUUACCCCGAUGGCCAAGCGAUACCUGGAAUUGUCCACCAUGCAACAGCUAGUAAUUACGCUGAGACACCACCAAUAGUACCUGGAGUUUUACACCAUGAAAUGGAUACAACCCUUCCGGUUCACCACUUUGCUGAUAAUCCUAUGGUUCCUGAUGUUAUGCACACAGCAGCAGUUCCCACAUUUCCAAUACAUCACUACUCCGGUCCUCCUGUUCCUGGUAUUGUACAUCAAGCAGCUAAUGGUGAGCUUCCAGUACACCACUACGUUGAGCCAUCCGGUGAUCUUCCUGGUUUUCUGCAUCAAGAAGGGGGAGUAAAUUUGCCAGUACAUCACUUUCCAGGGCCUCCUCACAUCUUGAACGGAGCUGACGCUCUACAUCAAGCGAUUGUGCCUCAACAAAUUGCACUUCCAGUGCCUCCCCCAGUCGAACCUCAAAUUAUCCCCUUUCCAGCUCCCCCACCAGUUGAAGUACACAAGGUACCUUUCCCUGUCCCCUAUCCAGUACCCCUCCCUCCACAGAUCAAAGAAGUUCCAAUACCUAUAAAAGUUCCUGUAAGGACGCCACCCGAGGUUCAAAAAUAUUACUACCCUGUUGGAGUACCACAACCAGGCCAGAUUCACCACGUACCAUAUCCUGUGUAUAUACGUCAACCUCCUCAAGUUGCACCUUACUUUGUACGUGUGUUAUCACCCCCUGAAAGAAUUCCAGUUGCAAUACCUUCUCCUCCGAAGAUUGUUGUACAACGUGUGCCUUACCCGAUACUAAUCCCCAGGCCAGUGCAUAUAAUUCAUCGCGAGCCUCAACUAUAUUCCGUAGAAAGUGGUCACUGUAAUAUGAAUCCUUGUGUCAACGGAGGUACUUGCAGUGCCUUUAAAGAAUACUACAAAUGCCAUUGUCAAGAAGGAUUCAAAGGUGUUCAUUGUGAAGAGCAAAGUAGGUGCCAUCCGAACCCAUGUAGAAACUUAGGAAUAUGCACAGAACUAGAAAAGGAAUAUGAAUGCACUUGCCAGCCAGGAUAUAAAGGCAUAAACUGUGAAUUGCCCGAUCCCUGCACACCAACGCCAUGCAAGAACAGUGCUAUUUGUGCACAAGUAGGCAAUUCAUAUGAUUGUCAGUGCAAGAUCGGCUGGAUUGGAAGAGACUGUGGAAUUGAAUCGAAAUGCUUGCCAAUAAAUCCUUGCCAGAACGGUGGAGUUUGCAGCGAAGCGUUGGGAAGCUACCAUUGCAAUUGUGGGCGAGCCUGGCAGGGACUAAACUGCGAAAUUCAAGGCGCAAACUCACCUUCUCAAUUGUGGCAACCUUCAACGCAUAAUAUGAACUUACCAACAGGUGGGUGUGCCAGAUGUCACCCAAACGCUUAUUGCAACCAAAAUCGAUGUGUUUGCUACCCUGGGUAUAUUGGUAAUGGCAUUGUAUGUGAUGCAGUAUUUCAGCAUAAAAUGAUGACAAGUAAAGAAACAUAUUUCCCAUAUAAACGACAAAGAGUAUCUUCAGGAAAAAGACAACCUCUCCCGAAUAUCACCAAACAAAACUCAUCUUGGGACUAAUACUAUUAUUAUAAUAAACUUUAAUAUUACAAAUCAUGACUUACAUUCCAAGCUAACAUACGUUUUUGCUAUAUUAUCCACGUAUUAUGCAGAGUGCUGUAUUGAUAUGUGUAUACACUUAUUUCAAUUAAGUUUGUCACUUCAAAAGCAUAAGAAUCAUAUAGGUUAGACCGAAAAGUAUUGUGGGUACAUAUUCUUGAACACUCUGAAAAUGCCGCGUGCUGUAACAUUAGAGCGGAUUUCGUAUAACUGUGCAACGGCACGGAUCACAACACGGACGCGGCACGUCAUGGUCGCGGUCACAGAACCUCACCUUCUAGAAUUCCAAGUAAAAAUAAAGACUUAACAAUACAUCACCGCUAGGGCACGGUACGGUCACGGCGCAAAAGUGCCGUGCUUUUUUUUG